AAAAUGGCCACCAAGGAGAGGAAUCAGAGGAUGGAACCAUUUGUAAGUUCUGACAGUGGAAAUAAAAGCAUAGAUGGUAAAAAUUAUAUGGACAAACGCUUUUAUGAUCAGCCAGUUUUGGAGGCGCUCUGUUUUCCUGAAAAUAAUUCCAAGGCAAACAUCUCAAUUCCUUUGUUGUGUUUAUUGUGUGAUAAAAUGUUCGAAGAUGGUGGAGUAAAGAAAAGUGAUGCCUUACUUCAUCAUUUGCUUGUUGAACAUCAAUUUGUUAUUGCUGAUGUAGAUCUCAUUGCUGAUUUUAAAAGCUACAUUAAUUAUUGGAAAAGAAGGUUUCAAGAAUCACCUCUAACAGACAUUUGCUCAGUGAUCAACAUCAAUUCAAGGGCUGAAGAUGUUGGGCCAAAAUUACAAUAUAACUUACUGUGUGAUGGACUACCAGAAGAUAAGGAACUGCGGGAACAGUUACAGAUUAAAAAAUUGCAAGGAAUCCUACAUCAUCAACAACAAGAAAGAACUGACAGUCACUUCUCGCGAAUUUGUCUUUUCUGUAAUGUAAACUUUGAAGGAAACAGAUCUCAGUUGUUUCAACAUAUGGUUGAUAAUCAUGCUUUUAACGUUGGCCUACCGGACAAUCUUGUUUAUGUCAAUGAAUUCUUGGAUAAACUGGAAGAAAAGUUGAAUAAUCUACAGUGUUUAUUUUGUGAGAAAACAUUCAAAGACAGACCAACAUUGAGAGAUCACAUGAGAAAGAAACAACACAGGAAAAUAAAUCCAAAGAACAAGGAAUUUGAUAAAUACUAUUUGAUCAAUUACCUGGAGGUUGGGAAAAACUGGCAUGACAUCUUGGACGAAGACGACACAGAGAUUAAUCAAAAAUCCAAAGACGAAAACUGGGAUGAUUGGCAGGAGGAAGAUAUUCCUAUUCAUUGUCUGUUUUGUAAAGUCACUUCGCCGACAAUCCAGGAAAUACUUAAUCACAUGAAGAAAUGUCAUGGGUUUGAUUUGUUGAAGACCAAGAAGAAUCAAGGUUUAAAUUUUUAUGAAGAAGUCAAAAUUGUUAACUAUGUUCGUCGACAGGUUUAUAACAGCAAAUGUAUAUUUUGUAAAGAAAGGUUCACUUCGAAUGAAGUCUUACUAGAUCAUUUAAACAAAAUGUGUCAUUUUGAGCUUCCUGAUCGAAGCAUGAGUUGGGAUCAACCAGAAUAUUUCUUUCCAACUUUUGAAAAUGAUGGGCUACUUUGUGGAUUACCCGAUGAUGAUGAUGAUGAUUAUUGUGAAGAUACCGUGUGUGACAAUUUAUCGAAUGGCAAAAACAGAGGUAACUCUGAAUCAGGUAACGAGGACACUGUCAUUGGAAACGAUGUUGAUGGAAGAUAUGUUGAUGAUGAAAAUUGUCUUGAGAAAAGUGACACUGGAAGUAAUGUUGAUGGUGAGAAUAACAGGGAAAAUAAUGAGCAUGGAGGUAAUGUCGCUAGUGAAAGUUGUAAUCAGAGGGAUGACAAUAGAAGUAAUGUUGACAGUGAAAAUGACGGUGAAAAUAAUGAGAAUGCAAAUGAUGUGAAUGGUUGUAAUACCACUGGUGACAAUGACGACGAAAACAAAGAUAAUAGCAGCCGUGCUAAUGUUGACAGUGUCGACGGAAACAUUAUCAGAAACAAUGACAAUGAAAACAUGGAUGGAACUGAUGUUUGUGAGAUAAACCAUCAUCAUAGUGAUAGUAAAGAUACUAAAGCCAACGAUGAUAACAGUAUUGGUGGUAACGACAACAGUUGUGGUGACAUCGAGAGUUACGGUAUAAGUGACAAGACUCCUGAAAAUAACGACAUGGGCAAGAACAACUCGUCCAAUGAAAACAAAGAUUCUGUAAGGGAUAUCAUUGGUAACAGCAGACUAGAUGAUUUACAAUGAUGUUACCUUUGCCCAGAAUAAUUUUUUUCGUAAGCUUGUAUGGCAAUUAGUUGAAGAAUAAAGAUCAGUUCGGGGAUAUAAACAAGUGAUUAAGUAAUUCAAUAUGAAAGUGAUAAUUUAGAUGAAGAACGUAACAU